AUGCACUCGGUGAAAGAGUCCGAAACGCAAACGGCUCGGAGACUUGCUUACUCGCCUCCUGAACUAUGGUCCGGGAAAGACCGCAUUGCAUCUCGACGCCUUCGCUUUCGACGGGAAAUGGCUCUCAAAAAAGCCCAGAAGGAGAACAGAAGUAUUGUACCAGUGGUGAUGAAAUACCCUGAGGGUCCUUUUUGGCCAUUUACCCUUCAGGAGAACGAGGAGGGUCUUAGAGAGUAUAAACGUCAGCGAAAGUUGGAGAUAUUUAUGGCUCGCCAUCCCCACUUGCAGCUUUUUGCGGAUGGAAAUGAUUCACUUUAUGCAUAUAACCCUUCGAACGGCAGAAACAUUCCCGGUGUAUCGACGUAUUGCCACAUGACGGACGGAGAAAACAGCGUUUAUUGA